CUUCAAUUCUAUUUUCUUGUUUGUGACAUUUUCUUGCAUUGUAACAUUGGUGGGGUGGAAGUGCAAUUAUUUUGACUUUGAUCCAUUUUAAACUAUUUCCAUCUAAUGUUAUUAUUCAAAUAUAUGUGCCGUAUCAAAAUAUUCGAAGUCGAAAACAUGAAAAGCUCAAACAAGUUUACUUGUUGAGGUAGAUCGGCGAUAUAGAAAAACCUGUGUCCUGUCUGACAAAACUUGGGAGAAGUCUUAUAUUCAUUCUCGGACAAUCAGAUAUUUAUAUAUAUAUUUCUAAAUCAGUAAAACAUAAGAUGACAACAAGCUAAUCAAUUUGAUUAAAACGACGAUGAAUCCAUGUUGAGUGACAUGAUCAGUAAAAAUGGAUAAAAAACCGUAUGUUUUGCAAUCCCAGCCAAUCGGCGAGCUAUUUGGAGUCGCAUCUGGCAUUGAUUGUGAUGAUGAUGCUGCUGAACUGUCACAAAAUAUUAAUCAAAUAGAUUUUCAAACUAUGAAAGCAGUUAAUGACACAACAAAAAAAAAUUCCAAGAUGCAGCCAAGCCAAUCUGAACUAUUGAAAAUGCUAAGCUACAUGGAGGGAGAAUUGCAGGCUCGAGAUAUUGUAAUUGCCGCGCUCAAGUCGGAAAAAUUGAAAAACUUCAUUAACAUUACCCGGCAUAAGCAAGUGAACCUAAAUGAUCCAAAAGCGGCAUUAUUUCGAGAUGGAUUGGCGUUGAACGGAAACUAUGUGAGUCAACAAUCAUCAACAGCAGCUAUACAAUCGGAAAAUGAAAUUCGACAGUUUGCCAGCCAUCAGCUUGAAAUACUCGAAGAAGCGAUUCACCAACAGCGAAAUAUUCAUUGUAAACUAAUGUCGAUGAUGAGAGACACCGAACAGAGACAGUCAGGUCUAAUGCGUGAACUUGAAGAAGAGAAACGUAAACAUGAACACGAUACAGCACAAGGUGAUGAUAUAACAUAUGGCUUGGAAAUUGAACGCACAAGAUUGCGUCAAGAGCUCGACAGUGAAAAGACAGCUAGACGAAAGGCCGAAAAAGAUUUGAAAAAGCUACAAGAGACAUUAGAACAAGAGCGCAGUCGACAAAAGCAAAUUGUGCUAUUAUUGCUGGCCGAACGUAAAAAAAUCAUUACAAAAUAUAUUGAGGAGCGUAAACGAUCGGAAGAUUUAGCUCAAAUAUUAUCCGAAGAAAAGGCACGCGUUGACACAAUUGCAGAAGGAUUAGAAGAGGAGAGCAAAAAAUCAUUACGUAUGGAAGCCGAAUUGGAGAAACAAAUGCAAGCCUACAAUGCUGAAAAGAAAUUGCUUGAUUCAACGUUGGCAAAAGAGGAGAAGCGACGGAAAGAGCAGGAAUGUGAAAUAGCACAACUGAAAGCUGAAAAUGAUAUGAUCCGUAAGCAAGCAAUGCCACAUCGGUUGGGCCCAAAAAAUAUACCUUUGCCUCAAGUUCCAGCCAAAAUUGGUAGUCUUAGAAAUAGCAGUCUAUCAUCACAGGAAGGCUCAUUCGAUGAAAGCAUAGCUGCUGCAGCCAAUACAAGCACUUCAGCUAGUCCGAUGAUAAGCAGUGUAACCAAAGUAGUUCAACCAACAGCAACCGUAUCGAGUGUACCCGUAUCAGGUCCAACUACAGGUAUUGCCAGAUCAAUACCUGCAGGACAAAGUCUUCGACAACAGCCUCAAUACCCAACGACAAUAAACUCUUCUAAUACAUCCAACGAUGCUGGAUAUUCCCAUCUAUACAGCAACAAAACCGCGCAAGUAGUCGAACAUCAAACUCCUCCUGCUGCAAAUUUACCAAUGGCUACAGUGCAAAGCGGCAAUACCGUCGCAGCAAUUGCAGCAUCCAUAAAUACCCAAAUUUCCUCAACAUCAACGUCGUUUAACAAUAAUCUUCAAGCAAAUGUAAAUCCUGUAAAUAAUAAUAAUGCACGUGGAAUACCACCACCAAUACCAAAAAAUAAACCAGUUAUACCACCCAAAUCAUCAGCUACACGCGAAUCAUCAGCAACUCGUACCGCCAGCAUAAUUCCCGCAAAACCAUCAAACGUAUCGACAACAACAACAGCAACAACAACACAUCAUUUGGCAUCUUCAUAAAUUAAUUAAUAAAAUAUCAGAUUCAGGCCAUACUUCCUCUCCAUAUUCAUGUGGAAAUUUUUUUUGGAAGAUUUAUUUUUUUAAAUACCACACUCCAGUUCUAACAUUUACAUUUGAGUUUUUUGACAGUCCUGAAAAAGUCCGUUUUAUUGUGAACUUAUGCAUGUAUUCAUUAGGAUGAGAUAACUGAGGUCCGUUUCAUUGAGAUGAAUCUAGUUUACACUUAAGGACGAAUACAAAUAUUCAUCACAACAGUGAUUCAAAACUCUUCCAUUCAUUGUAUAUGUUCUUUACUGAUGUGAUCAACUUCAAUAGGUGAACAUAAUUCUUCUUAAUGACGAAAUUGUUUUAAAAAGUGAGUAAAAAUAUUAAUUCAAUGCAAUUUAGGUUACAAACACAUAUAUAUAUAAUUCAGCAACGAAUUGAUCGUAUUUAUCAUUAAUUGUAGGUCAAAUUACAAUAUAGCAAAUGUAUAGUGUAAAAAAAUGUACACAAAAAAAAUUUAAAGGCUGUGUUCAAUUACAUGAGUUUAUAUUGUGUUGAAUUUUAGUAAUUGUCUACUACCAACGAACGAGUUCAUCGAACUCUAUUAACUUCUAACGACAAUUUUUACGAAUACCAUUUAUAACUUGUUUCAGAAAUCAUUUGAAUAUUGAGUUUUAAAGUGUUUUUUCUGUUUUGUGCAUUUUUAUUUUUAAAAUAAUAUUUUUCAAAAUAUAUAUUUUUAUUUAAAUUAUAAAGAUAUACUUCUUUUUAUAAUAUAAACAUGUGCCACAAUAUAUAUUCGAACAGUCUCAAUCUCAUAUAUAUAUAAUUAAAGCAGUUGAGAAAUUAACUCUUUUAACGCCAUUACUCCAUGACUUGUCAUAUUUUUAUAAAUAAACAAUAAAAAAUAUAUAUGCAAGUUACAAAUAGUAUUCGUAUCUGAUAUUCACAACAAUAUUAUCUCAUGUAAUUUAACCCAUUCUCUUAUUUACCGACUUUUGUGUACGUGUACAUGAAAACUCGCACAUCUGUGUGAAAAUGCAAUUAUCAUUUCAAGUAAAAACAAGGGGAUGUUCACAAAUUACUGCGCUACUUUCUUUCAAUGUUUGAAAUAAAUACAUGGAAUCAAUAAAACUCA